GCAGAUAAUAGUUUAACUUCAUGUAUUUUAAUACACUUAAUUAUAUUUAUGAAAUGAUGGAUUCAUUUGCAUGAUGGGUGAUUUUUAGGUUAAUGUAAACUUGUGAGACAAAAGUGCAUGGAUGAGAGGUGGUCAUGACUGUCGAGUAGAAUCACGUGUUACACGUAAAGAAACAGAAAAGCUCAAAAUGAUCAUCAGAAAAAAGAUCUGGCCCCAUACUUUAAGUGAUUUCCUUUCGAUGACAUUUAUAUUAACAAUUGUGCCUCUAAUAUACUGGUUCGAAUUGUGGGUGGUUUUACCGGCAGUUUAUGGAUUUGGAUCAUUGUCAUACACGUUAAACUUUCUCCUUGGAAGCUUCAUCAUGUUGAACAUUGUUGGAAAUUUCACGUACAUAGUUUUUUGUGAUACCAGUACCGGAAGGGAUAUCAUGCCAAUAAGUGCUGCGAAUACUAAGGACGGUUGGAGAUUAUGCGCGUCUUGUGAAACACUAGCACCGCCACGUUCAUGGCACUGUCCAACAUGUAAUACUUGCAUAUUAAAAAGGGAUCAUCAUUGCAUCUUUACCGGGUGUUGUAUUGGUCAUUACAACCAUCGAUACUUUAUCAUGUUUCUUUUGUACUUAUUCAUAGCUACGACAUAUAGUUUUUGUUUUAAUAAUAUCUUUAUUUGGAAUAGGAUACAUUUCGAGUUUCCUAUGUCAAUUAUAAAAAUUGUUUUUCCAUUGGCAAUAUUUGUUUUUGGAUUUGAUGGUUCUAUAGAUCAAUUUUAUCUACUUUUAUACAUUGUAUCUGCAGUAGGAAUGCUAUAUACUGGAGUUUUAUGCAUUUAUCACUUUGGUUUGAUGUUCAAUGGUAAUGUAGCUAAUGAAAGCAAUAAAAAGAUUCAUACAUACAAUCUAGGGUUUAAACAAAAUAUAAAGGAAGUAUUAGGUGAACAAUGGUAUCUUGCAUGGAUACUUCCUUAUAUAAACUCCCAGUUACCACAUAAUGGUGUAAUAUGGGAUACAUUGAACACAUGGCACUACUCAAACCCCAAAAGUAAAUAA